AUGCAAACAAUAAUUAAUAAAAAAUCAUAUGAUUUACGAGCAAAACCAAUUCAAAUAUUUUGUAAUAUACCUAAAUUGACAAAACAUGAACAUACAAAAACAUUUAAAAUAAUUGGUAAUAAUGAAAGUCAAUUUUUAUUUGAUGAUAAACCAGCAUUUCAUUUUGAACAUAUAUGGGGUGAAGGUACAACAGGUGAAAUUUAUGAUCGAUUUGCUCGACCAGCUAUAGCUGAUCUUGUACGAGGACGAAGCACACUUCUUUUUAUUAUUGGUCGAAAUAAAAAAUUUCGUAAUGAUAUUCUAUUUGGUGAAACAAAAGAUACUGGUCUAAUUUCAUUAACAAUCAAUGCACUUUAUAAUAGUAUUGGUGAACAUCGUGCAAUUAAAUAUUAUUUUAGACCCAUAGGUAAUAAUACAUAUAGAAUUCAAUCAGAUGCUCAAGCAAUGUUUGAUCGAUAUCAACGUGAUCUUUUACCUAAAGUGAGCAAAAAUAUUAUUGGUAAUAUUACACAUACAAGUAUUUUAGAAAAAUCAAUACUUGAUCAAACAUCGAAUGUAUCUGGUAUUGAUGAUGAUAAUAUUUAUACAAUAUUUAUAUCAGCUAUAGAAAUAAAUACAAUAAAUUCAAAUUCUAUAACAAUUGAUUUAUUAAAAAUGUUUACUGAAGGUAUUAAUAAUAAUCAAUUUGAAACUCCACAAACAUGUAUUGAAAUGGAAUUUGAUGAUGCACGUAAAACACGACGAAAAUUAUUUGAUACAAAUAAAAUACCUAUGAAAGAUAAUUCAACACGUUUAUAUAUAAUUCGUCUUGUACAAGCAAGAAAAACUGAUCAAAGAGAAAAUGUCAUACCGAUUGUUAGUCAAUUAACAUUUAUUGAUUUACCAACAAAUAAAAAUUCAGCAGAUUUAAAAGUUGUAAAAGAUUUUAUUGUACCAUCAAGAAAACAAUCUAUAGAAUCUUCAAAUCAUUUACAAGAUUUUCUUCAUAGAUAUCCUAUUCAAGAUUAUCAACAACAAUUUGUACCAAUUAAAUUACUUUUAUGUGCAUCAGCAAGUAAUCAUGAUGCACAAGAUACUUUACAAGAUAUUAAAUGGUUAAUGAGUCUUCAAGCUAAUCAAUAUCUUGUUUAUUUGGGUCGUGAUGAAGAAAAUCAUGUUACACGUGAUGAUGAUGAUGAUCAUCAUCAUCGACCACCACGUCCACCAUCUAUACAUUAUUCAACAUCAUUAAAUCGUACAGAUCAUAGAAAUUUAAUACAACAUGUACCAAAUUCAACUCCACUUGCUCAAUCAACACCACGAUCAAUAACACAAAUACCAUCAACAACAACUACAUUAGCAUCUAUUCAUACAGAACGUUCUCAUCCAACACAAUAUAAUAAUACACCAAGUCGAUCAUUUAAUUAUAUUACAAAUACAUCUCAAUCAAUACCUCCACCACGACCACCAUCAUCAUCUUCUCGACUUAUUAUAGAAGAAACUCCUUCGUGUGUCACUUAUGCAUUAACACCUAGUACAGGUAUAUCUCAUUUAAAUGAAAAAGUACCACCUCGUAUUCCACCAAGAAUUCAACGAUCAAUAAAACCAUUAUCAUCUAUCGAACAAGAAGUACCUACUCUAUUAACAGAAACAAAAUUAAAUUCAAAUAUUCAAAAUCGACGACCACCACCACCACCACCACCGAUUUAUAAUACAGAAACAAAUAAAAAACGUUUAUCUCGAAAAUAUUCAAGAACAAAUUCAAUUAUUGAUGUACAACAACGAGCUUCAUCUGUACUUAGUUCACGUAUUAUACCAACAAUAGCAUCAACUACAAAACAUGUUACUUUAAAAGAAGAAAAUUUACUUAAACGUUCAUCAUCAGUUGAUCGUAUUGGACGUGAACGUUGGUUACAUCAUAUUACCGAUCCAUUAACAAUUAAUAAUGCAAUUAAAUUACGUGCAUCAUUACCAAAUCCAUUACAACUUGUUACAAAUCAUUUUAAUGCUAUGUCAAAAUUAUUAAGUGCAACUAAAUAUGCUAUUGAACAUCGAGCUGAAGAUGGUGUUCAAUUAUUUCAAGGUGAUGUUAUGGCAACAAGUAAAGGUGGUGUUAAAGUUGUUUUUACUUCAGUUGAUCAAGUAACACAUAAUAGUUUACUUCCAAUAACAUGUGAAAAUUCUAUUUUGAAUAGAUGUUAG